CUGAGUACUAUCGAGAACCCACAACCUCAACUUCAAACAUACCUUCUUGGGAACCACUACAGGGCAUAUAAGCCGUCAAACGCUCUUCCCAUCCCCCGUAUCAAUUCACCAAGCUUCAAGCAGUAUCACCAACAACUACUACUCAAUCCUUCAACUCAAGCUAUCUUCUGAGAAUAUCUCGUCAGAACAAAUUACAAAAUGUCCCUGUUCACGACUACUCCUAGUGUCAGCAGCUUCGCCCCCCUCUUCAACCUGCUGGACGAUUACGACAACCACUUGGCCUCCAGAAACUGGGGGCACCACACCUCCGUGCGAUCGUUCUCUCCCCGCUUUGAUGUACGGGAAACUAGUGACACCUACCACCUUGACGGUGAGGUCCCGGGUGUCGCGCAAAAAGACAUCGACAUCGAGUUCACCGACCCGCAGACUUUAGUCAUCAAGGGUCGCGUUGAGCGCCAGUACCACUCUGGCAACACCGACGACACUGGAAAGCAACGUCAGGUUGAAGAUGAAAACGAAAGCUCAAGCAAUGAGGUCGCUAAGACCAGCGAAAAGCAAAUGACCAAAUCCGCGUCAAGUGAAAAGCCACGCUACUGGGUGAGCGAGCGCUCUGUCGGCGAGUUUCAGCGGACCUUCAGCUUCCCGUCUCGCGUUGACCAGGACCGCGUGCGCGCGAGUCUAAGGGAUGGCAUUCUCUCUGUUGUUGUGCCGAAGGAGGCACCUCCCAACGCGAAAAAGAUUACCAUUCAAUGAUUACCAUUCAAUGAGGUUUGAAUCAGGCAUCGAUGCCGAUUGAGCACUUUCAUUCCGAUCCAGCUAAUGAGUGACACGAUUUGUUCUGUUUUAAUAGGCGAGGCUUUUGGUAUGGGCGUUCGCGGACAUUUAUAGUAACUGAAUAUUUUUUUUUUUCCUGUUACUGUCUUCCUAUAGUUCCGUACAGUGCUGAAGGCAAUACAAUCUAAUCUAAUUGUCUAAUAUACAUAUUUUCCAUUGA